CUCCCCGGAGCUGCUUCACCUGCACUGCAGCGUUUCUCCAGCCCGCACCGCUCCAUCCGCCUCUGCUGCACACGGGCCGAGGUAUCACCGUCCACUGCUGCACAGGUAAUGCAACAUGAGGAGCAACCGCACCUCCAGCUGAUGAGGAAGACGCAGCGGUAGAGAAGGAGGAAGAAUAGGGAGAGAAAUCGGUGCAUGAUCCUGGUGAGUGUUUCAUGCUGGAUAAGAGGAGGAGAGGAAACCCGUGCGUCCGCGCGUCCUUGCACCACGGGGUCGUGCGCUAAGUAACGCAGGAGGUGAACGGAAACAUGCACUAUAAGUGACAGUGGGAACCAGGUAGCCUACUAAGCAAGAGCGCGCUCCCUCCGGACCUCCUCACUGAACUUUACCCGCUGAGCUCUGACGCGAUGGCUGCUGCCGCCGCUUCUGCUCCUGCUCUGGGGGAAGUUGGAGGCGUCUUGCACGGCAUCGAAGGUGUCACACACGUCGGGUCCCAUUUCUUCCUGAGCCCUCUGGGGGACAGUCCCACGCUGCUGCUGGGGGAGCACCUGGUACCCGGGGACAGGCUCUCCCGGAGCACCGCAGCGGAUUUAACGCACCUCAAAGGGAUCCUGAGGAGGAGACAGUUGUACUGCAGGACUGGAUUUCACCUGGAAAUACUUCCGGAUGGCACAGUGCAGGGGACGAGGAAGGACCACAGUCGUUUUGGUAUUUUGGAAUUCAUAAGUCUUGCUGUUGGGUUGAUAAGCAUUAGAGGGGUGGACAGCGGACUCUAUCUAGGCAUGAACAACAAAGGAGACCUGUAUGGUUCUGAGAAGCUCACAGCCGAAUGUGUCUUCAGGGAGCAGUUUGAGGAGAACUGGUACAACACAUACUCCUCCAACCUCUACAAGCACGGAGACAAAGGGACACGUUAUUUUGUGGCAUUAAACAAAGAUGGGACUCCAAGGGAUGGGACUAAAUCCAGGCGACACCAGAAAUUUACCCACUUCCUGCCCAGGCCCGUGGACCCUGACCGUGUGCCGGAGCUGUACAGAGACAUCCUGGGGCACAGCUGAGACCUGCAGGGGAGGCCUGGUGCAGAUCAGGAAUAGCUGCUGAAAACCCUCGCAGGCAGGGAGCAGAGAAGAGAGCGAGGGACGCAGGAGGGGAUGUGGCCGGGGCAAGCUGGUGGACAGCAGCCCGGCCGGCAGGGGAUAAAGGUACCGGGGGCCUCUUGUAGGAAUGCACGGGCCAUCUCUCAGCAGCCAGGACGACAGGUUAGAAUGUCUGCACGCUUGGCAUGAGGGGGGUCAUUUGUUUCAGAGGCCGGACAACCCUCACAAGUACCUGCGCGGAAUAGGAGACGAAUAGGAAACGGAGCUGGAUGGUCAGCAAGCAUCUCCUCUGUCGUGUGUGGGACAGAGACGUCAGUCAGUCGAUGUGGCAUCUGUGGGAAUCUGCAGAAUCGCAACAUGGUACUUUUUAUUUGGGUGCUGUGUCAGAGAGCCACAUGUUGUUCAGAAGGACUUUGAAGGAAUUCUGUUUUGUUUUUCUUACCUGUGUCUAGACUUGUUUAAACAGAGCAAAGUGUAACAAUUUAUUUAUUCCUUUUUAGAUACAUAUAUUUAUGUUAUAUAUUUAUUUAUUUGAGAAUAUAUUUUUACAGUUAGACAACAUGCGAUAUAGAAAAACCACUAGAAAUUGUAUCAAUUAUAUAAAGACUGAGACACUGUACCAUUAAGUCUUUUAUUUUGAAAAAAGCUCAGCCAGUGAUAUACUGUAAUAUGACCAGAAAUAUGAAACAUAGUGUAUAUGGAAUACACCCCCAAUUUUGAAAUGUAUUUUAUCAUGAUAAGAUAACUGUGAAUCAAAUUUUAAAGAAAUUCUUUGUCUUUUUGACACAGUGAUUACAACCAAACUACUGUUACUUGUGUUUUAAGCAGAAUCUGAAGUUGAC